CCAUUGGCAAGCUUGCCGGACAGUGUGCACAGUUCUUCCACAGACAACCAAAUUUUUCUUCUGCACACUAAGACUCCUACCGUUUUAUACUUAAGGUGGAAAGAACAGCGAACAGAUGAGGACCCAUGGGACAUUUGACAGGUGCACCUGCUAAAUGAAGAUUAUUUAUGCUGUACAGAAAUCUAACUGAAGGUCACCGGUGCUGAACUGAACCACGGCUGCAAAAUGACAGCUGCUACAAAGCUUCUGGAUGAGAUGUGUCAUCUCUCUGUUCAGUCUUUGACACCGAUGGACACAUCUGAGCACUUUAAGGUCCUAAAACUCCUGGGUGAAGGCUCGUAUGGCAAAGUUAUGCUAGCUGUACACAAGCAGAACGGUACACCGAUGGCUCUGAAGUUCUUCCCUCGUGAGUCCACAUCUCUUUUCUCUUUCCUGAGGGAGUACAACCUCUCUCUGUCGUUCUGCACUCACCCAUCCCUGACCAGAGCGCUGGGAAUCGCCUACUCCACACCGUCACACUACGUCUUUGCUCAGCAAGCAAGCCUUUUUGGUGAUCUCUACGAUGUCAUCUUGCCUGAGGUUGGUAUGGAGGAGGACUGCUGUCAGCGGGUGGUGUCCCAGCUGUGUGGGGCUCUAUCCCACCUGCACUCACUUGGCUUUGUUCACCGGGAUGUCAAACCAGAGAACGUCUUUCUCUGCGACUCCGCCUGCCGCUGGGUCAAACUUGGAGACUUUGGCAUGGUGAAGGCCACAGGCACCAGGGUCCCGGAGGUCUGGUACAGCUCUCCUUACUGCACCCCUGAGGCUGAAAUCGCUCGUGGCAAUGAGGAUAGCUGGGGGAGCAUUAGUGACGGGAGUGAUGCCGUUAAGAAGGAUGAAGAGAAGAAAAAGAAUGAAAGAGUUUGGGUUUCGGUGGAGCCCAGCAUGGACAGCUGGGCGCUGGGGAUCCUGACCUACGCCAUGCUCACCGGCAGUCAUCCCUGGGCUGAAACAGCCAGCGAUUGCGGCUCAUAUCUGAAGUUUAGGGAAUGGUUUGACAGAUUAGAGGGACCCAAUGAUUUACUGGACGUAUGGGCAGAGCCACAAGGGGAGAGUGCACAGGAAGUCAUUGAUUUAUACGGGGCAGAACUUGAAAAGAAAGACCGACCUCCAGUUGCGGCCCAGUUUGCAUGUUUCACCCCGCUGGCCUGCUGCUUCUUCCAGUCGUUUCUAGACCCCAGGCCAGGGUUUCGAGGUCAGCCUGAGAUUGCGAUGAAUUAUCUUGGUGGGGACUGGGUGAUGGAGAAGGAAAGGGUGAGGCUGGAGGAGGAGAGGAAGAAGAGCCCAGGGAAAGGACCAAUCAGGAACAUGAAAGAGAUGGAGGGGAAAGAAGAGAGAUAAGGAGUCAUAAUAAUGAGAAUGCUGGUAAAUAAUGAAGUAAAAUCCUUUUAAAUAACAUAUGGUGUAUGCAGGAUACGUGACGUUAAAGCUUAAUUUAUCCAACCUGAAGGGUAUUAUUAAGCAUAGCAAUUCUAUUUUAUAUUGUGUCAUAGGCUAUUGUGCAAUAACUUACAAACACUGUUUCUCAAAACACUGAUCAUUGCUGCUUUCCAUUGUUUUUUGUGACUGUAAAUUAUUUUUAAUUUAAACUUUUGAUAACACAAAAAACAUAAUCAUUCUAAACUCUCUGAAGUUUUGAGAGCAACUUGUGAUGGCACUUAGAAUUAGAACCGUUUCUUUAGCCUAAAAACCUUUAUUAUUAAUGUCAGAGUAAAAUGAGGAACAGCGGCAAAUACAGUCUGGGAAUUAUUACUGUUGACUUGUUCUGUUAUGCUGUAAUGACAUUAGGUCCUCGUAAAAGACACCAUCUUAAGCACACCACAUCUAUAUAUACAUUUAAACUUUUUAGCGUGUUCAUGAUAGUAGGCUAUGAAAUGUAUAUAGCCGUAAACACGUCAGCAGCAGAAUGAGAGGUGUUGUGCAGAAACCAAAAAGACUUUGAUCGAGCUUCAAAGCUUUAAAACGUUUUCUAAAGGGCACAAAUAAAAGUAAAUAUUAACUUCUAUAAUGGCACUUUAUGAAAGAAGAUACGUAUGUGAUGCAUGUAUAUAUUUCAGUUGCCUGUGUACUGUUCAGACGUACUGUAAACACGGUGGAUGCUUAGCAGCUUUUAGCUUACUCACGUUCUUGUAUGUUAGCUGUAGCACUUUGAACAUAACUAAAAAUCACUUAUUCUUCUACUUUGUAUGCUACACUUAUAACAAUUCAAGUGUGUGAUUCAUUCAAUGUUUAAAUAUGUUCGAGCACUAUGUAACAGAAAUAUAAAGUCUAUAAAAUAAAAUGUUAAUGCAAUAUUGCCAAAGUCUCUAUUGAAAACUAGUGAAGAGUUUGAUGACAAAAUAAAUCAACCCAUGAUUUAAUUAUUCCUAA